UCAACUUUGAGCACUUUUAACAUUCUUGUCCUUAAAACUGCAUGUAUUUAUUUGUAGCUUUGCAGAAAGGUUGUAGAAAAGAAACCCUGUUAUAAACAUCUUUCAAGAUCUCAAAUAAGUAGGCAAAAAGCAUUGCAUUUGCAUAAACUUUGCAAAAUGAAUUCUCAAAUACUUUUUGUUUCUUUCAUCAUCUUUGCAAGCCAUUUCAUUCUUGUAUGUUCAUCGCCCGCGCAUGUUCGAAACACGACCAGUCAUUUAACCAGCAAGAGGAAUGAAUUAAAUGACAUUCAAAAGCUGAGUCCAAAGUUGAUGUUUGAGAUUAAAAUUCAUGGGAUUCUUCUGUGGGUUUCAAUGGGGUUUCUAAUGCCUAUUGGUAUACUUACCAUCAGAAUGUCACACAGAGAAGAAUGUAGAAAAAGGCUCAAGAUUCUUUUCUUUAUACAUUCCAUUUCACAGAGCAUUGCAGUAAUAGUGGCUACAGCAGGAGCGGUAAUGUCGAUAAAGAACUUCAACAAUGCGUUCGAUAAUCAUCAUCAAAGAAUAGGGGUAGCCCUUUAUGGUAUUAUAUGGUUCCAAGCUAUUUUAGGGUUUCUACGCCCACAAAGGGGAUCAAAAGCAAGAAGUGGGUGGUUCUUUGUGCACUGGAUACUAGGAACUGCAAUAUCUUUGUUGGGAGUAAUCAACAUGUACACCGGAUUCCAAGCCUACCAUCACAAAACUUCCAAAAACAUAUCAAUUUGGUCCAUCAUUUUCACAGUUGAGCUAGGUUUAAUCAUCUUUCUUUAUCUUUUGCAAGACAAAUUGGUUUACAUGCAAAAGCAGGGUGUCAUUUUGGGGAGUGAACCCUCUGAAUCAGCAGUAACCCCAACUCAGCAAUUUAUGAUCUCUCCACAUCACAGGCCCAAGCAAUCAGCCAUUGGUUCUUGCUAGUUAAAUCCAACAAAAGAUAUGUAUUUUUGUAUAGUAAUAAAGAUACAAUGACAUUGAUUUUUUACCAAUUUUAUUUUUGAACUUAACAACUACUUUGGUAGUAUGUAGUAGUAUUGAUUUUGGAUCCAAUGGAGAAUUGAACUCAACAUUGUAUUUGUUUC